AUGUACCAGAUUCAACCCAUUUUUAUCACACUACUCGAUACAAUGCUGAUUACUCUAGAAUGCAUUCUACUUGCGUUACAAGCGGUUGCUGCAGUUCGACUUGCAUUAGAAUCACCUUCUGGAAUUGACAGUCAAUCAAGCAAUAGGCUAUCAAAACGAUCACCUGUUGAAUUGGGUGGUGAUAUUAACAAAUGCUACACAAUUAAAGUCAAUGUUGAUGGAGUCAAUUUGGAUUUGCAAGUCGAUUCAGCAAUGUCUGAUAUAGUUGUACCACUUUCUAGUUCAAGCAACGAUAUAGGUUUGACUCCGCAACACACUCCAAGUGGGAAACCCGUUACUAUAAAUUACAAAGGCGAUGAGUAUAAUGGGUUUAGUUCCACAGCCGAUGUGACGAUUCCGGGUACUAGUAUAACUGACAUCAAUUUACCAGUACUAUCAGUUGAAAAACAAUCGGCAGAUCUAGUUGGUAUUAGUCCAAACCUUGAUGGAGUAUUUGGGUUUGCCUAUUCCUCGUUGUCAAAGCAUCAUCCACCAAUCACUGCGAUGGAUGUUUUGUACAGCAAUGGUGUCAUUCCCAGUAACGAGAUUGGUCUUCAAUUAUGUCCGUAUGAUAUGACUUCAGAUAGCUUCAUCAAUAUAGGAAACACGGACAUAACUCCAAAAUGCGGAACGGAUGGAAAAAUUUUGCCUGAAACAGUCGUAGCUACGUUUAUCAAUGCUAUUCUUGAUAGUGUUGUGUUUAUUGUAACAACUGGUUCAAAUGACAAAGCAGUUCUUGGUAUAUCAUUUAUGACCCGACUUACAAUGACAUUUGAUCGAAGACAUAAACGCAUUGGGUUUGGUCCUGGAUGUGGAUGUGAAGUCAUGGCCGAUGGAUAUCCUACUAUUUCAAACGGUUAUCAAAUGCUCUGGCCAUUACCGCGAUUGCCUGAACAACCAACUACUUCAGGUUCAGAUGGCACAUUUAUUCGCAGAAGAAAACCAAUAACUACAACUGAUCAAGUAGCUGUACCUGAAAACACUCACCACACUGUCAAGAGUUACAAACAGACUCUCAAUAAACUCGACUGA